AUGAAACGACUACUUUUAACACUUUGGGCAACCAUUGAUGAGUACAAGCCUCAGGAUGCGACCACAAACCCGUCUCUCAUCCUGGCCGCUGCCAAGAUGCCCGCCUACCAGCACCUGGUGGACCAGGCCAUCAAAUACGGCAUCGCCAAAGGAGGAAACGAGGAGGAGCAGGUCGCCAACACGAUGGACAAACUGUUUGUGAGUUUCGGACUGGAAAUUCUCAAAAAGGUCCCGGGAAGAGUUUCCACAGAGGUGGACGCCAGGCUGUCUUUCGAUAAAGAGGAAAUGGUGGAACGAGCCCUGAAGCUGAUCGCUCUGUACGAGGAGGCCGGUAUCAGUAAGGAGCGCGUGCUCAUCAAACUGUCCUCGACCUGGGAGGGGAUCCAGGCCGGGAGGGAGCUGGAGGAGAAGCACGGCGUGCACUGCAACAUGACGCUGCUCUUCUCCUUUGCUCAGGCCGUGGCCUGCGCCGAGGCCAAAGUGACGCUCAUCUCUCCCUUCGUGGGUCGAAUCCUCGACUGGUACAAGGAGAAUACUGACCGGAAAACCUACGAGCCCCAGGAAGCCCCAGGUGUGAUCAGCGUCACUAAGAUCUAUAACUACUAUAAGAAGUUCGGCUACAGCACGGUGGUGAUGGGGGCCUCCUUCAGGAACUCGGGGCAGGUGAAGGCUCUGGCCGGCUGCGAUCUGCUCACCAUCUCCCCCGGCCUACUGGCCGAGCUCAGCCAGGACCACGCCGCCGUCGCCAUGGCGCUCAGCAAGGACAAAGGUGACCAAUUACAGAUCUGGUCGUUUAGGUUUGAGGUUUUCUAUGUUUUAUUGUUUAUGUCCGAAUGUUAG